CUCAUGCAAAACCUCCUCUCGAAAGAAGAUGAAGCCCUCACGGGCAGCGAGGACAACGAAGUCCGUCGCGAGGACCAAGAAAAGAUCAACCGCUUUAGUCGACUGCACCAGCGUGAGACGAUGCUGGAGGAGCAGUUGAAGUUGAAGUUGAAAGAUAAAGAAGAUCUGGAAGAAAUCUCCACGGAGCUGGAAUUGGCCGAUGAGGAUGAGCUGGUGCCGUACAAAAUCGGGGAUGCCUUCUUCCAGCUUCCCCUUGAAGAGGCCCAGUCGCUGCUCUCAACGGCAACGGAGCAAGUCGAUGUCGAGGUGGGCAAGUUGGAGGAGAAGCUGAGUGACUUGCGCGAUGAACUGCAGCAGUUAAAGGUCGCCCUGUAUGCUCGUUUCGGACGGAGCAUUAACUUGGAGACUUAAGUCUAAACCUUUUGUGUUAUGUUCAUUUAUCUAAUGACCCAAUGUGAUAUAAUGUAUCCGUGGUAAUGCUAUGCUCAUAUGCCAAAGGAUCAAGUUCAGUGUCUAGCUUCCGGCUAUACAUGCUUGUACUGUAUACAAGAUUCCAACACU